AACCUCAUCUCUUCUAACGUAAACAAACACAAUAUCUGAGAACUGGGAAGGCAAGAAGUCCAGUACAUACUAAACAAUGAAGAUUAAAAGGCAAAAGAAAGUGAUGAGGAUCUUGAACUUCUUCAAGCACAACUAUGGACACCAUCCACCCUAUCAGUUGCUAUUAGAUGGGACAUUUACGCAAGCCUGUUUACAAAUGAAGGUCAAUAUCCGCGAGCAAUUGCCCAAAUAUCUGAAUGCCGAGACCAAGAUCCUCACCACCCAAUGCUGCAUCCAGGAGAUUGAAAAACUGGGCUCCGCCUUAAGCGGUGCCACGUCCAUCCUCAAGCAAUUUCCCAUUCAUCAAUGUGGUCAUGACAAGGAACCCAAGCCGGCAGCCAAGUGUCUCAAGUCAAUGUUAAAGGACACCAAUCCGACUCGGUAUUUCAUCAUGUCCCAGGACGCCGAAUUACGAGACAAAGCCCGUAAGGUCCCUGGAACGCCGGUCUUAUUCUUAUAUCAAAGUGCACCCACAUUGGAAAGGCCGUCGGAGAUGAGCACCAAAACUGCGGAAGAUUCCACCACUGACAAAAUUGAGCACUCGUUUCAAAGCCGUGUGUUGGAAGAGCUCAAGAAGAAAGAAUUUGGUGAUCCCAACUCCUUGAAACGUCCACUCAAGCGGAAGAAGAAAGGACCCAAUCCCUUAUCUUGCUUAAAGAGUAAAAAGAAGAGAGCGGAUGGAGCCGCACCCGCCUCAACCGAGUCACGCCCACACGCGGCAGGUCAGAGCCAAAGCAAGAAGAAACGAGCCCGUCACAGAAAGAAGACUCAAACUGGAACCACACCAAGCUAAAUAAACUUUAUUUGUUUUGUUA